UGUCUCGGCGCGCAGGCGCUCUGCCCGGCGGGGUGAGUGGCGGGGCGGCGGUGAUGGCGACCUUCUUCGGGGAGGUGGUGGUGGCGCCGUCCCGCGCCGGCGUGGACGAUGAGGAGUCGGCGGAGGAGGCCCGCGAGGAGACGCCCGAGGACCGGGAGAUCCGCAGGGAGCUGGAGAAGAAAAGGGAGAUCGACGUCCUCUGGACCUUGAAGUCGGGCGCGUCUGCGGGAAGCUCUGCCGACGAGCCGUUCGUGUGCUCCAAGUUCAUAGUAGCGAUAGGACAUAACGCUGCAGCUUUCCUGUCUUCUUUUAUUCUGGAUUCUGUAUGUUGGGAAGUAGUUGGAGUUGUGAAGCUGUGGAAUGAGUGGUGUCGAACAUCCAACACAACGAAUGUCCUCCCAACAGAUUCUUUCUGUUUGUUCUACCGAUUAAUAUCAGAUCCAACAGUUUUGUUGUGCCAGUGUAGUUGCUACGUUGCUGAGGAUCAACAGUUCCAGUGGCUUGAAAAGGUUUUUGGCUGUAUGCGAAAGGAGAGCUUGCAAGUAACCAUUCUUUCAACGUGUCCUGUAGCUGAUUAUAAAACUCAGGAAUCCACUUUAACACUUCCAUCUCCAUUCCUGAAAGCCUUGAAGACAAAAGAAUUCAAAGAGCAGGUCUGCUGCCCACUGCUGGAACAACCUAACAUUGUGCGAGAUCUUCCGGCUGCUGUUUUGAGUUAUUGUCAAGUAUGGCAUAUUCCUGCAGUGUUGUAUCAGUGUUACACUGAUGUCAUCAAACUGGACACAGUUACAAUUGAAGCGUUCAAGCCUCUGCUUUCUUCUAAAAUCCUGAAGAGUUUAGUCAAGGAUGUAUCUGAAAGCACAAAGAUUUUGAAGAAGUUACUGACAACCAAUGAAACUCACAAUAAUAUCUAUAUCUAAAGAGGACGUUUAUGACACAGACUGCAUGUUCCUAAACUCUGGUUUCUUCUGUAGAGGACAUUUUGGAAUUGUAGUUGUUUCCUUACAAGUGGAAUAAACUCCAGUAGAUUUUUACUUCUGCACUCAUUUUGGUUACUUUCAAAUUCAUGACUACAAACACAUAUGUUUCUUCUGCAUGGCUUGGGAGACUUUCUUCUGGAGCGAUUUUAGGAAAGAUAUCUUGAAUAUGAAAAGCACUUUCUUUUUCUCCUCCCAAAGGGAUUGUGUUAUCUAAAUGUGUACCUUUUAUAUGUAAAAGAGGAAAUGCAGUUAAGGAAUUCUGUCUGUAUCAAAUGAGAACACCUAUUUUUUACUUUGAGACGCAAAAGUUUUCCUAAUAUUCAGUCCUCUUUAAAGAUUUAUCUGUGAUGGAGAAAACAUGCUCUGCAUCUUUUUACAUACAUAAAUAUAUAUAAUUUUAUGUGUGUGUGUAUGUAUGAAUGAUGCAUAUAUAUGUACGUGUGCACGUACCUUGUUUUAUAUAUGUGGUGAUACAAAAUAUAGUAAGUAAAGUAUGGUCAGUAUCUUUAAAAGACUUACUAGUGGCAAAUAAUCUUAAGCUUGCUUUACAAGUUAGUAGGAGGCAAGAAUGUGGAGCUGAACUGCACGGCCGGGCUGUGACUUGGAUUCACUGAGUAGAUCGUCACAGGCAUUGAGGAUGCUGCUGCCUGCGGAUGUGGCAGGAAGAGAGCUCGCAGCUCCCGUUUGCAGUGCCUUGCUGAGAGCUCACUUUUGUUAGCAGUUCCAGAUUCAGACCCUGAGUGUGUGCUGUAAAGGCGCAGGAGCAUUCCCAGCUGUCAGAUCUCCGACCUCUCCUGGUGAAACGGGCUGGUAGGCUCGCAAACUGCUUCAGCUGGAUCCGCCAGGGCAAACAGAUCUAAUCUAUCCGCUUUAAAACUCUGAGUUGCUGGCAACAGUAGGAAUAGUACAAGGUCUCUGACGCAGAGUAUGUGAUUUUUAGAGGAAAGUAAAAGUUCAAGCUUUAAAGUGUCUCAAAAAAUUCUCUGAAAGUUGCUAACAAUUUCAGCAAUGUAUUUAAAAUAUUUAUUAGGAUUGGCAUGCAAUUCUGUCUUGUAUAUAUCCUCUGUUUAAGUUAACAUUUUGUUUAAGAAAAUGGCAUUAAAGGUAAUAUUUCUGUUGCUACCAGG